CUAUCAAUCAAAUUGACGCACCACGCAACCGGAAGUCGGUUAAACGGAUUAUAUCUAGCUGUUAACAACAGCGUUUUGAAGUUCGCUAUCUUUGUUUUUGAAAACACUUGUUUUUUUACCAAACUAAAGUAAGGGAACAUGUCCGACAACGAAGGAGAUUUUGAUGAUGGAGACUUUGAUGACGCUGAAGAGGAUGAGGGAUUGGAUGACCUGGAAAACGUUGAAGAUGAGGACCAAGAGAAUGUGAAGAUCCUGCCUGCAGGGGAGGGGUCACAGGCCAACCAGAAGAGGAUCACAACCCAAUACAUGACCAAAUAUGAAAGGGCCAGGGUACUGGGGACACGCGCCCUCCAGAUAGCCAUGUGUGCCCCAGUCAUGGUGGAGCUGGAGGGAGAAACAGACCCUCUGCAAAUUGCCAUGAAAGAGCUAAAGUGCAGGAAGAUCCCCAUCAUCAUCCGGCGGUACCUUCCUGAUGGCAGUUAUGAGGAUUGGGGCUGUGACGAGCUCAUCAUCACAGACUGAGCCAGACCAAACCGGACUGGCAGGGCCAGACCGCCUCGCAACCCACUAGGCUGGUGUGAGUGCAAGCUUUUGUUCCAGCAAAGCAUUAACACACCUUAUUCAACUAGUCAGGGUCUAUUUAAGACAAAUAUUGUGUGGUACUGCGUGGCUGGAACUAAAGCCUGCAUACAUACUGGUCCUUUGCUAUAAAAUCACCUACCCCUGCACUGGGCCAACCAGCUCUACGGGCAACCUGCAGAGAAGUCCUCAAUUAAUAAGACUUUUUACAUUUUAGGCCUGUGACCUCUCCCACUGUAUCGCCAUUUAUUUUGAAAGCAUUGAAGCAUAUACAAUAUAUGAAGUGAAAGUAGGGCUUCUAAGAGCUAUGUACUUUUAUUACAGCUGUCAUUCACAAGGGAGAACUGUAACUCAUGUCUACAUUUACAUUGUGUUAGGUAAAAGUUUAAUUGUGUUUAUGAAUAGUUUUAUGACGGGGAAGAGCAGUUGCUGUGGAAGAGCUCUUUGUUUUAUUGUUGUGAUUAAAUUGUUUUGUAAGAAAGUACUUUUGUAUAAUUUCUUACCAACACAAUUGGCUUUUUGCAUGCAUGUGACUUUUUUAUAAGGUUUAGAGCCAAAAAAUAUUAGCUUUUUUUUCAUGCAGAGUUAAUUGCAAAACAUCUGUAAUUAAAUAUCUGUUACAAAUGGUACAACUCACAAAUGAAUUUGAGUGAAUAACUUGCUGAAACAGUUUCACCUAUGCUCUGAGCAAAACGUCUUUAAAUAAUCCUCCCAAGAACUAAGAUUUCUAAGAGCUCUGUGUCAUAUUUCUUAGAUUUCAACAUUUGUUUUUCUUGGAGGCUGGCUGAAGUACUGAGUCACACUGACAUGACCCAAGCAUAAUUAUAGACUGUGUUGUGCUGGAUUUUACUGUAUCAGUUGUGUGUCCUUUACUCUACCGUACAAAGCUUGUGCACCUAGUUCCUCUGAAUUGUACACUUAGUACAGAUAAAACACCUAUCCAAAUCACAUGGAUAUGUUUUCACAA